AUUAGAAUAGAAGGAAAAGUUUAAAAUUUUUAAGCUUUGAGCUUUCCUGUAAUCAGUGCGGUACGGUGUGAUCGUAACACAGAGCAUUUUUGGAAACUUGAGAUGUGUUUGAAGCGAAUAUAGCAAUUUUCUUUCUUAAGUUGUUGUUGAAUGUGCACUGUAAUCAACAGUAAGUAAAUCGAAAAAGUCACAUGUUCUAAGAUUUCACAUAAGUACCCUUCAAUCUUAUCUGAAACUGUUUGUGAGGCUCAAUAAUGGAUGCUUUCACAGAGAGGAUGGUGGAGCGAGCUCAAAAGCGUAAAGAGCGGUUGAAUACUCAUCUGAAGCAUCCUACAGACAAUCUUUCAAAAGAAGCACUCGAUCUGAAGGAAAACAAAAAUUUGCUCACCUCAGAUUUGGCAAGUAACAGAAUGAAAGGAAUACUGCAGAACGGUAGCAUAAGUGUUUCCUCAGACAAAACAGAGAAUACGGGCUUUGUCUUCAAAGCAAAUUCUGAACAAAACCCAGCUUCCUCUGCUGUAGAAGUGUCAUCCAUCAGCCAUUUGCCCAAUUCAAAAAAAACUUUGCAACCGCAAAAAAUGAAACCAAUGGAACCUUUAAAUUCCUUCAAAGAGGCGUCUAUGAAAUGUAGAUUUUUAUCAGAGAUAGGAACCACAAGUGGGGUACCAAACUCACCUAAGAAAUCCAUCUCUAUAGAUCCUUGUGAGUUGAGCAUUGCUGACAGGAAAGCCCUUUUUGAAAGGAACAAAGGACAAGCACCAUUACCCAAAGCUCCCUACAGUCAAGCCUUACCAGCUCAAAAGAAGGAAAAUGGUAAGCCGCCAAUCGACCUCCCUGCAAAGCCUCCUCCGAUCCAUGUCGAAAAUAAGUUGAUUGAUCGCAACAUACCAGCCCGAGAAAACAAAAUGCCCAGCCCAUCGCACCUGCCACCAUCACCUCCGCCGAAGCCUGAUCACCUAAGAGCUUUCUUAGAAAAGAUUGAAGCAGAUACAAAAAUUAAAAAAGCAGAUACUUCUACCUCCAAUUUAGAACUUAAAGAUCAAGAUACAUCGUAUGAAUCUGUUGCAUCCAGUGAAAGCAGCCUUGGUCAGAAGAUUGUUAGAUUAGCACAAAAGAGAGGGAAGGAAAUUGAAGAGUCUAAGAGACAAAUUAGCCUUAACACGCUGUCAGCAAGUGAAUGCGACUUCGACUCCAAUGAUAAAACUUCGGAUAAGUUAGCUCUCAACAAUGGUUCAUCUGGUCCAACUCCUCCAAAACAGUUUCGUGAAUCGUCUGGAUCCUCACAUGAUAUGUGCUUUGAUGAUAAUUCAGCGCUCAAUACCAACCCCUCUCAGAAAACAGGAAAUGAAAAUGAAGAUGGAAUCAACUGUGAGCAACCUCUCACCCAUACUGUCAGUUUUUAUCGCAAAACAAAACAUGAAAAUGAAAAGCAUGGGUCUUCACUUGUCAAGAAAGUAGUACAUCAGAGCAUCAGCUCAAUAAGUUGUCAAUCUUCCAAGAAGGACGAAGAGCUUGAGAGAGAAGCAGUAAGCAAAAAAAUCGCUGAACUCCAGCUGAAGAUCUCAGCCGAAGCUACAGCCAUCGCUCAAGCCAAUCAGGCCUUAAAUUUGUGCUCCUCAUUGGUCGAAUUUCAUGACUCUCCCGAGCAGAUUGAGGCGGAUCGACUUUUACUUCUUGCAACCCACAGGCGGCAAGCAGCGAUGAAUGAGGCUCAAAGAUUGAAAGUUGAAGGAACGGUUAGACCAAGGAAACCAAACAUGAAUAACUUGCUGGAUCAAGGAUCGUUAACGGUAUCAGAAAUAACCCUGCCUGUUAAAUUUGAUGCCAUACAGAUAGCUGCAAGAGAGGAAAUGUGCCAUCAUUUUGUCUGUUUACUGAAAUGUGAUGAAGUUGUUCUGGGAACAUCAAUGAUGACUGCAACUAUGGAUAACGCACAGCAAACAUCAAAAGGAAUCGUUUACAUGCAGUUCCCUAAUAGCUUGACUUUUCCUAAGCUAUACUCUGAUUUUAAAGUGACCAUAGAAAUUUAUGAUUUGCUAGCGCGAAGUAAAGAAGCUGUUUCUCAUGAUGCAAAACAUUUUAAUUCCAAUAAAAAGGAUUUGCAUAAAUUCAGAAUCACUCCGAAGAAGCAAAAAAAUAACUCUAAAUCAACUACCCUGGCUGUCCCACCUGUCCCUGGGGCUUCCUGCUCAAGAGCCUCCAGAUUCACAAUGGUUGGAUAUAUUGUAUUCUCUCUCCGUGAAGUUCAGCGAACUCAAUUUACUUUGAACAAGGUUACUUACUCAAACCCUCUGGACGGAAAAGUACAGUUAAAAUUAAGUUGCGAGUUAUCGCCAACUGUCGAGCAACGAGGUUUCUUAACUAUGUUUGAGGACGUUUCCGGUUUUGGGGCCUGGCAUCGUCGUUGGUGUUUAUUGAAAGGUGACAGUCUUUCGUAUUGGAAGUAUCCUGAUGAUGAACGAACCAAGCUUCCCAUCGACACUAUAGAUUUAAAUACUUGCACGUCUCAAUCGAUAAGUGCUGUUAGUCGAGAUAUCUGUGCACGGCCAAAUACCUUCUUACUGGAAACAAUCAGACCAGCAAGGGAUGAAGAUGAAGACUCGUUGGUGUUGGUGAGACAUGCUGCGCACACCAUGGUUCGCCAUCUUCUCUCCACUGAUACCAAAGAAGAGAGGCUAGAAUGGUGUGCGACUUUAAAUAAGGCUCUAGAUAUAAUUCGUGCAUGGAGAAAGAAAUAAUUGUGAUUUUUCUGAUUAAUUUAGUAAUGCUCCAAUUGUAAAUUCCUUGAACAUUUAGACAAUCUUUCCUCAGUUUCUUUUCUAUUUCAAACAAAACAACCAUCUUUGUUAUUUAUCUCUUGUUUUGUAUAAUAUGAUACCUUAUGGCCUAUCAUAGUCAUCUGACCGAGCUGAUCUCUUGAAACUCAGGAAUAUUUCAAAUUUUUCCUUGAAAAAUUCACUAAUCAUCACCUUCCGGUCAAGGUAUUACAAGCUUCAUUAGUGCUUAGGCACUAUGGCGCCAAACUUCUCAAACUUGUCUAAUUUAAAACUUUGUCUAUUUAACUUACUUGUCUAAUUUUGUCUAAAAUAACCCAAAAACUGAUGAGCAGAAUCACUUGUAAAUUAUACCCAAUAUUUUUUAUUAGCAAAAUUAAUCCAUAAAAUUUUCAUGAAAGCAUGUAUAAAAGUUUUAAAGGAAAAAAUUCAAAUUAAAUUGAGAUGUCCUGCAAUUUAGCAUUCAAUGGCAAAUGGCGCUUGUGAUACUUUGGCCGGAAAGGAAGGUGAUGUAAUGAUGAGACUUCACUCAGUUCAUAUUGUGGUUCUGCCGUACUUUUUAGUUUCUUGGUGGGCAAAUGCUACACUUAGAAUCAUCUUUUAGGUUUAUUUUUUUCACAGUCAUGAAAGAAUGUUCCUUUAUCUCAUAAGUUUUUUUCUUUGUUUUAAUGUUUGCCGAGUAAGUGCAGCACCCAUAGCACCAUUCACGUUUGCCUUUAUCCUUCAUACACUGUGUAACCAUUAGUCAUUUUUUGAUUAUAUCAAUUUUUUAUGCUCAAUCUUACAUUUCUGCAAUUCACAGUGCUCGUCACAGUAACAUAAUUCUUGAUUAAUUAGACUUCAUUGGAAUAUUCGGAAAUUUCAAUGAUCUGGUUUUUCUUUUAUCUAAAGAAACUUUACAUCUAAAAUUAUGUCUGAGCAAUAACCUUAAUCAGGGAUAGUCCUAACUUUGAUUUUAGCCCCUAAUUUUUAAGUUGUGAUGGUGUAUCCCAAAGUUAGUUUUCCUAUUUUAUUUUUCAAUAAUAAUGAUAGCCACACAAAACCCUUGAAAUAUAUUUCGGUGAUCAUACCCUCAGUUUAAACGAACCAUAGUUUUUAUAUUUGGUUUCUGGGUAGCUGUGAUAUGUACUUAACUUUUCCGGCACCCACCUCUUUUCGCUGCAGAUCUGAUUGAAUCCAUUCCUAACUUACAUGUUGGUAGCAUUGUCAGGGCGCAAGAGCAUGACAUUGAUUUUCUGAGACGCCAAGAACGUAUUGUUUGUUGUUUACUUGCUGCUAGGAGAACCUAUCCAUGCAGAAAAGAACUUUCAGUCAAAAGAAAACGGCACAGACUUCUGAGUCAGACAGUUCUGCUUCUGUACGGCAAAGUUCAGCUGCAUGCAGCUCAGCUUAUUUCAGAUUAGUUGGAAACUAAAUUGUUAGGAAAUUGUUCCCUAUCUCUAAUAAUUCCAGAUUAUGCACCAAAGGACUUUCUUUUUUUCUGCACCUUAAAUCAGAUUUAGCAUGUCAACACUUAGGCAGUAACAUGGAGGUCAUGGAUUUUGUGAACAAAAGCCUUCAAAACUUUAAGAAGGAAUUACUAUUCACUGAUGGAAUAAAAGAAACUGGUUUCUUGCUUUUGAAAUCAUCCGAUAAAUGAAUUUUUUUUUUUGUUCCGUCUAGAGUGCGUAACAGCCCCACUCAGAAAUAAGACACGUGGCAACGCUUAGGAUCAGAAUCAGAAAAUCAAAUCUGCAGGAAAGAGAUGAGAGCAAUAAAAGUUAAAUAUCUUGGUAACCCAAGAGCCAAAUUUUGAAAAGUAUAGUGCCUCAGAGAGCUGUAAUUAUGACCAAUGAAAGUCUUCUAAUAACUUUCCUCUAUCCGUCAUGAUUUUUGAAGUGUAAAAUGCCGAAACUUACAUCAGGGUGUACCCUCGAACGUACCUUAAGCGUAUGUAAACUUCACCCAUUUUAAAUUGUUAUGAUAUAAGCAUGAUUUGCCCAAUUAAAAAUGGUAAGUUGAUAUUAUUGUGAAAACAGAGAACUCGAGUCCUUAUUUACACUCAAAAUAUAAUUUUCCACUUUACUUUUUAUUACGGAAGCUUAGAAAAAAUUUGACCUGAAAUUUCAUCAGUAAAUCAAGAUUUUACUGUAGACUUGCUUGUAACAUACUCCUAGGAUUUCUCAGCAUCUUGUUUAGCGUUUAAACAACUAUCUGUAGGUAAUUUAUCUAUUCUUGAACUGUGAUAUUUUUCUACUUUACUUCACUGUACUAUCUCUCCCCCUCUUGCCUCUUGGCUCCAGUAUUAUUUUUAAGGUCUUUCCUCAGUAUCUCUUACAGAGAAAUUUUUUCGUGCGGGGGCAUCACUGCGGUAUUUUUGGUUUUCUGGCUUGUGCCUUCAGAGUUUUUGCAGCUCACCAUAAGUCUUUGAGCUGUUGUGAAUAUUAAAGCCCUCCUAAAACUGAAGAGUCAUGUGUGAAAGCUAUUGACACCAAAAUUUAUAAGUAGUAUGUUCUUUGAAGCUUGAAAAUUUAAUUACAAAAAAAAUUAAGGUUUAAUGACCUCCAAUGGAUCGAUCGUGAGCAUUGAGCAAAUACUAUCUGCAACUACACUGACUUCUCUUAGCAUCGCCACGAUCUCUCUCACGAUCAAUGGAUUCCCAUGAGGAAAGACCGUAAUCAAUUUUUAGCCUUUACCAUUGAACUUUCAAAGCUCGUUUUCGGUUCUCUGCUGCAUUCUUGAGAUAUGAUGCUAGAAUUGAUGACUCUCAGAAUUUAAUAUUUUUAUCAUGAUUUUAAAAUAAUUGCUGAUUUCAGAAUCGAUUUUAGCAGCAUUACUUAGUGGAUUUUUUAAAUGAAUGCUGAAGAUGGACCUUUAAACUGUAUAGAGAAUGGUGAAAGGUAUCUGCUAUGCUUGGACCUACCUCUAAUCAAUUUUUUGAUCUAGAAUCUUUACCAUUUUAUGAUGAUUAUUACUUUUUAUGAUCUGUUUUUGAUAAGUUUUAUGGAUUUUUUUUUCUCCUUUGCCUCUAAGUAUGUAGAUAUAAAAAAUUUUCAUUAGUGAAUUGUUUCAAAAUAUCAUUUUCUGUUCUUCACUAGAGAAAUCAUUGCGUUUUUCUGUUCUAGGAUCACAUUAUGAUUAUGAAACAAUUAUUGAAAGUCAAAUAAGUUCGUUUUUCAAUCGCAAUGCAUAUUAAAUUGUAACUACGGUGGUUGAUAAAUGAUUUCUAAAUGACAGUUUUGUAUCCUUAUUUUUUGAAGCAGUUGAAACCCCUUCAAUUUUUUUUUAGCUGGAAAGAACAAUUAAGUAUUGUAAAGUUUCUAUUUAUUUCUUUCUUUUAUUUUUUAAUAAUUUUUGUUCUGUAUAAUCAUCUUUUUGUGAAGAGACGAGUUCUUACCUGUUUGCAACCAAACUAUCCCCCUCCCUCUCCCCUCAUCUUUUAAAGAAAAAUAAACAUGAUUCAUAUUCGUGGAAAA